UUUGGAGGUUAAAGAAUUCAGAAAUUUAUUAAUUUAAUAUAUUCUUAGAAAUUUAUGACAAUUUUUCUAUUUUAUUAUUAAUAUAUAUUAUAGGAUUUUUUUUUAUAAAGAUGGGUAAAUUAUGUUAUUUAUGUAAUCGAAAAGCCUCAAACACAGAAAAUAUUUCAUUACAUAGUUUUCCAAAGCAUUUAACUGUACGUCAGAAGUGGUUAAAUGUUUGUGGAUUAAAUUUAAAUGACGAUGUAUCACAUUCUUAUAUCUGUUCUGUUCACUUUGCUGAAACAGAUAUCAAUAAAUGUAAUGCUUUUGGAAGAAGUAAAUCUGUAAUUAAACCUGGAGCAGUCCCUUCCAUGUUUAUAACAAAUCCUCUUGUCAUAGGAGAAGUUGAUAAGUUGUCAUCAAAAGCAUCCGCAAAUGAUUGUAAUGAUAGAUGUAAAAAUAUUUUGUCAGAUACUGAAAAUACAGUUGAAGUCUCUGAUAAAAAUUGUAAAUCCACAUUUAUAAAACAUAAAUCUAAAGAUGAUAAUACCAAUGAUACAGUUGCUUUAAUUAACCAUUAUUUUUAUUAUCAUAGCUCUAGAUCAUAAUAGCUACAAUAUUUCCAAAAAAAACGAAUAUUCUUUGAACCGCGUUAUAUAUCUGAAAUUACGACGGCAGAUGUUGCAUCUCCAAGAAGGGCUGAGAGAGUCAUCAAAUUAAUAAAAGCAACUGAUCAACAAAAAUUGAAACGUAUUAAAAAUUUACAAGAUCAAACAAGGAAGCUUAAAAAACGCGUUACCUUUUUACAAGGUAUAGUAUCUCGUUUGAAGAACAAAAAAAUGAUAUCUGAAGAAAGUGGAGACACUUUUAUGAAUACUUUGCGCACAACGGAAAAAGUAACUUUUUCUAUCUUACUUCAUUGGUAACCCUACCACUUAUGGGGACUGGCAAUAUAUUCCUAUUACAUAUGUAUAUGAUCGGAAUCGACUUGGCAUUAAUUAACAUAGCUCUAUCUCUUUCCAUCCGGAAUAUCAGCAGGUCCGAUUGUAAAAGGCGGUAAAUUCAAAGUCAGUAAAAAUCUUUGAAAUGUGAUCAUUUUUCUAGUCUAUUAAUUACUGUGAUUGACAUUAUACCAUAUCAUAAAUGUAAGAUACAAAAGAAAUAUUGUAUUUAUUGAUAAAAAUAUAUAAAUAUUGAUAACAGAAAAGGUAAUAAAGUCGGAAAAUGUAAGAUCAGGUUCCCGCCAAAAUAAUUGUCGUCGUUGGCCUGGCGGUUAGCGGGCGCCAUGGCGCCACCGUCGGAAGACGCGAUCACUGUUUUCAUUCCGUCUCGUGCUGGUUAGGGGUAUUUUCUGGAUCGUGAAAAUCCGAUUUUUCUACGGUUUAUCGGCCGUAAGUCGUCAUCAUUGGUUCGAGAGAUGAUCGUUAAGAAUAAUCGUUCAGGUGUCUCAAGUGCGUUCGGAAAGUAUUCUUGGAAAAACAGGAAGUGAAUCUAGGAGGGAAGAGCAUUAGCGAGGAGAGCCAUCUUGACGAGCAUCGGCUCUCUUCGCUCGUGGUAGAGACAGAAGAAGAGGAAAGGAGUCGCGUGUGGCGGCAGCAAUGACAUCUUUCCGAAAUAAUCGCGAUAUCACGACGCGCUUGAAUUAUUUGCGUUAACGGUAGUCGCUUCGCGUAAGGCCAAAGCCAUUUUAGCCGGGUGAUCCGCGUGCGUUAACGCGAAAACGAAGGA